AUGUAUCACAUAAAAAUUGAACUCAACCGAGAAUAUUUUCGCGCCAUAAUUUAUUACAACUUUCAGAGACAAUUAUCGCAACAAGAAUUCCUUGCCGAGUUACUGUCUGUUUUCGGCAACGGAGCGCCACGUCAGUCGACAAUUUCCCGUUGUCUUAGCGACGAUCCCAGGGUGGGUGCUCCAAAAACGGCAGUCACUCAGAAAAACGUCGAUGCUGUGCACAUCAUUGAAGAUAGACAUGUGACAUAUCGCGAGAUUGAGGCGUCCUUGAAGAUCUCAAAGACCUCAAUUCAAAAAAUUUUACAUGAAGAAUUAGGAGUAAGAAAAUUACAGCCAGAGUUAAUUGGUGUGAAAUCGUGGAUUUACUGUUAUGAACCAGAAAAUAAACGACAGUCGGCUGUUUGGGUGUUCCAAGGUGAAGAAAAUCCAACAAAAAUGGUCGCGACAUUUGUGUCAAAAGCGGGUCAUAUUGCAACAAUUCCUCUUAAUGAGCAAAGAACUGUUACUGCGGAUUGGUAUACCACCAUUUGUUUGCCAAAAGUCAUCUCCGAGCUUCGAAAAAUCAACCCCGAAAGAAGAAUCAUCCUCCACCAAGACAAUGCAAGCUCGCACACAGCCCAAAAAACAAGGCAGUAUUCAACGGGAGAAAACGUGGAAUUAUUGGACCAUCCUCCCUAUAGUCCCGAUCUAAGUCCUAACGAUUUCUUUACUUUCCCGAAAAUUAAAAACAGACUGCGUGGUCAAAGGUUCCAGUCACCAGAAGAAGCAGUUGACGCAUUCAAAAAUGCCGUUUUGGAUCUGCCAGCAAACGAGUGGAAUAAGUGCUUCGAAAAUUGGUUCGAAUGCAGAUGUUCUUAUUUUUUGUGGGUUAAAAUUUGA